CAGUUAGUGCAACGCGGCCGGCUAGAGUGCAUGUCUGUGCUUCACGUUUAACAGUUAUUUAAGUGAACCAAGUUAAAAAGUAAAAAUGCUCCACGACGCGUGGCCCGGGCCCUGGCAUAAGGCGGAGCAGUUUGAGUUGGACGCUUUCAUAGCAGAAGUUAACAACAACUAUGUUAAAGAAGGCGAGGCGGAGUGCGGCGGUGCGGAGGGUGGUGGCGGGGGCCAGCAGGGGGAGAGCCCGCCCCCCCUGCCGCCGUUCGUGUACGCCCACAUGUCGCCGUCCCACUCGCGCAGCUACCAGGAGCUGCGGCCGGCGGCGGCACACGCGCGCGACAUGCAGGCGUACGCGCACCUCGAGGAGGCGCUGUUCAAGCCGGGCGCGGGCUCCACGGACGGCUUGUACCUGCGCGGCCGCAGCCCCGAGCUCAGCCCCUCGCCCGAGCGCCGCGACGACUACAGGACCGUCCACUACGAGACCUACCCCCCCGCCCCCCCGACAUACGCUCACGAACAUCAUCAUCACAUCGAAGGAAAUGGAGCUCCUUCGUCGGGCGGGGGCGCGUACGCGCGCGGCGCGUACCCCGGCGGCUCCCCGUACUUCAGCAACGGCGCCGACCUCGCGCCGCAGCAGAGCUGGACGCCACCCUCAGGCUCCCCCACCUACCGGCUCGGCGGCGAGACGACGCCGAGCGUGGUGGAGUACGAGGCGGCCACGCCGGGGCCCGAGGCCGCGUCGGGCGCCCUGCCCGCCUUUAGCUCGCGGUUCGGCGCCGCCUUCGCCUGCGCCACCUCGAGACCUUCUACAGUCUAUGGAACCUCCGCUUUAGCAGCAAAUGCUUACACACAGGACGUAUGGAGUCUGGACAGCAGUCGGCGACCCCAGCUGUCCGCCGCCGCUAGUCUGUCUGCAAUCGAGAUGGCGGAGUUGUUCACUGAGGGGCGGGAGUGCGUGAACUGCGGUGCGAUCCACACGCCGCUGUGGCGCCGCGACGGCACCGGCCACUACCUGUGCAACGCAUGCGGCCUCUACAACAAGAUGAACGGCAUGAACCGGCCGCUCAAGCAGCCGCGGCGGCUGGUACGUCAGCGCCACGCCGCGCACUCGCUCGCGCCGCCCGCACACGAUAUGGGUUCGAAGCGGCCCGGCAUGUCGUGCACGAACUGCCACACGACCACGACGUCGCUCUGGCGCCGCAACGCGCACGGCGAGACGGUCUGCAACGCGUGCGGGCUUUACUACAAACUACACAACAUCAACCGACCAAUUGCGAUGAAGAAAGACUCUAUACAGACUAGAAAACGGAAACCUAAAAAUAGCAUCAAAACAGAAAGGAGCCUCAAGACAGCAGUACAGCGCACCAUCAACUCUGGCGUCAAAAUGGAAAACCUAAGUGAAAAUGUAGGCGGCAUGAAUGUGGGCGUAGGAGUGGGUGGCGCUCGGUCCCCAAUGUCCAUGAACUACGCUUACAUGCAGCACGCGCUGAAGAUGGAGGAGCCGCCGCCGGCGCACGCGCACUACAACGUGUACGAGGACGCGGAGUACCGGCGCAGUGCCGACAGCGAGCGCCUCGACCGCCCCACCGUCGUGUCCAUGGGCAGUUGAGUGCCGACCGCCGCGACCGCCAGCCGCAGCCCUCGGCAACUCCACAAUAUUGUAUAUCACAGAAUUCACAGGCCUUGAUCUUGUCACGAGACUUGACAUCUUUCAUUACCUAUUUCGUAAGAUAAGGCAGAAAGACCGGAUCAUGUUCAAGUGAAUAAGAAUAUUUUGUAGCUUCCCGGACUUUCCGGUUGUCGACGUGUUGUGCCGAAGUCAGACCUGUUGGAAUCCAUAGCAACGUUAGCUUUACUGUUUCAUUUGUCGUUGGCUGUGCUGUGCGCGGCUGCGGGAGCGCAGUGCGGCCGAACAAAUCGUGAAUCUCUGGACUCUAGGCGCCCACGCCCUUUUAAUAUAGAAUCUCAGUCGAAUAAGCCUAGUUUACGUUAGUGAUGAGGAGUGAGUCGACCAAAGAGUCGUUGCUAGUUGACCAAAUGCGGCGCACGCCGGAAUCAAAAACGCAGGGCAGAUAUCGUAUAGUUUCCACUAAAUACAAUUGUGCUUUAUCUAUAAAUCACUACUUACUAUAAAGUAGGAAAUUAGCUUAUAAUUUUUAAUAAAGUUUGCACAAUGGUUAUCGUCGUGUAAGUAGUGACAUUUCAAUAGCGCGCUGUGGCUCUAUAUUGUAUCUACUGCUGCGCCUUGUACAUAAUACUGGCGUGACGCAAUACGUGUAUCAUUGUUGCAUUAGCUUACGAUUUUAUCGAAUUUAUCGUUAGGCGAGAGUCUCCGAGAAUCUCGCACGUUUUAUAAUAUUGUUGCACAGUUAGUGGCGUUACCAAAUAAUUAACAUAUAUUUUAUGUCAGGAAACUUAUAAGACUGUACCAUUCCUAAGGUGUUACAUUCCUAAGUACACUAUUUUUAUUGUUAAUCGCUUAGUGCGUAGUUCGCAACGAGAUAGUUGCAAGUUUAGCUCCAUGACUUCAACACAUUCCAAGUCAACAAGGCCACGAGUGUGCUUUAUGCUUCUAUAUCUCUUUAGACUUAAAACAAAAGAACCUGUUGACGGCAUAAAUAAUAAUAAUCUAGUGACAUAUACAAACUACAUGUAUUUUUAUUUGUUUUAAAUAAGUUUAUGUAUGGAAUAUAAAAUAUCUCAGAAAAAAGAAUCUUUUCUAGUUUAAAAUUACAUAUAUUUAUUUAUGUUGUGCCAGGACAUUCAUUUUGAAGUGUUAUCUAACGGAACUCCCGCUUACAAGUCAUAUUCGGUGUGUUGACAUCCUUGUAGCAGCAUACAUCACGUCCGCUCCAACGCAAGCAGCACUAUUGUACAGAGGCGGCUUUUGCUCAAAAUUUGUCAGCGAUAUUGUUUCUGGAAAGUUUCGUAGGAUAGCACUAGUAAAGUGGGUAAAAAUAUUUACACAAGUAAUAAUAAUGUAUGUACCCCAUAAUUAAAACGUUGGUAAUUAAAUAUAAUCAUUUCAAUUUAAAAUCAAUGGAACAACCAAUCAAUUUCGCUUGCCAUGACUGUCAUGCUGUGGAUAAUUAUCUCAUUACUCUUACUAGAAGAAGUUGAUAUUCUGGGAAAUACUUUUUUAGUGUGACGCAGACAGGGGCCGUACUCUCAAAUGCACCCGCCAUCUUACCUAACUGAAUGCUUCAAUGUCAAUUUUCAAGUUUGUUACCAUUGAGUGUUCAAUAUAGCUUGACACAUGUCUACAGAUGAUGGAGGUUGAAAUUCAGAGUAGUGCCCCAGGAAACGUCAUAUGAUGACGUAGGAAAUCGUGACAUUGCCGGUGUUCGUUUCCGCUGAGUGCGCUUCUUCCGCGAGACGUGAUUCAGCUUGGUGACGUCAUAGGUCACGUGGUACACGCCCCAUACAAACAGAGGCUGGUGUAGAUAUAUUUUUACAAAUUGAAACUGUUUCAUCUUAUCCACAUUGAGCUAUUUUAGUUUUAACUCAAUGGUCUUUUCGCUGUUAUAAAUAUUGCACACAUUAUUUUCAAUAAACCCAACUUAUUGUAUCAAUUUAAAAUUUAUAUAUUAUAUUACUAAAAGUGUCUUCAUAUGUUAGGAGUACGGUAGACCGCACAUCCAGUUCAACAAUCAAAAAGGCCAGUAUAAUACAGUCAAACUCGAUUUGCGGUCCCGAGUCCAGCGCAAUACUAUAUAACUUGCCAAAGUACUACCAUCUUGCCAAAUCAAAUUUCUCAAUAAGUCUUAAACACCGAAACGAAUUAUUUUGUGAAUCUAUGAAUAGUGGGAUAUUAAUAUUUAAGUAUUUUGUAUAACAUCGUCGGCUAUGUGCUAAUAGGUAGGUAAAUAUAAUAAUAGUUUUAAGAUUGUAAUAGUAAGAGAGAAUAAAUUUAAUAAUGUUUAAUAAUGUAAAAGUACAUCGCGGCUCACGGUCUGCACCAUGUGAUGUCAAAUUUUAUUUAUGUGUUCUUUACAUACAUUUCUAUGUAAAUAUGAAGAUUAUACUUUAAAUAAAUCAAUUUAUUGAAAUAUA